GGUCAUUUGUUGCCAAGGAGGCUACGCUCUCUUCGCACGAAAAAGGAAUAUUGCACUUCAUUUAAAACCCAUAAAUCUCAGAAUCGGGCCCAAGUAACCGUGCAGGAUGACCGCGGUGUUGAUGUCAGCUAACGGUCCAGCUGAGGUCAUCAAUGCUCGACGCACAGAGUCACUGGAUGCUCACAGCAUCCUGAAGCUGGUCGGACCUGCUACCGAGCCCCAGUUCGGACUGGUCAAUGUUGUCAACCUGAUUGAGAAGGCUGUGUUGGCAGUGACUCUGAAUAAUGACAAGGAGCAGAUCUUGGCGCAUUCUGCCUUCUUUGAUUACCCCAAUGUGCCCGACGUUGACCCGGCCAAGUGGCAGGAGUGGCUCAAUGCAUACUUUGACUGCCAAAAGUGCACUCCCUUGAACACGUUGUUCAUGCACUACUUUGCAGCCAAACAAGAGUUUUCACAUGGAAGUGCCAGGGAAAUCAUUCGCACCGUCUUCAAUGCGGUACCAGACGUCCACUUCCUGUACCUCGUGGUGCCCAGUGGGAUCUACCCGGAGCCCGCCCUGGCCGAUAUCUUCAAGCCGCUGGACAAGAAGUUUGGGGCCAAGCCCCUGGAGAGUCACUCGGUCUUUGUUUGUCACAGGCACGACCAUUGUCCGGUGCUGUUUGUGAGAAAAGCCAGAGUUGAGGAUCAUGAUGACCUGACUCCCAUCUUCAAUCGUCAGAGUGACAUGUUGAAGACUACAUAUGGUGAUUUCUUUCUGGCCGAGUUGAUUGAAUCCCAGAAUGUAGACAACCAUGCCAUCAUUGUGGAGAGUGAAGGCACUGCCGAGGGAUUCAUGAGCAUUUCCAGGAAAGUCAACCUCAAUCUGCUCAGCAGCUGUUUUGAGUUGGGCCCCUUCCACGGUCUUCGCAAGCCCCACCCUGACGACGUUCUUGUGCCCCCUACCCCUCCCCCUCAAGAGGAGCAGCCGGUGGUGAUGGAGGAUCAGGAAGGAAGUCAGAUCGGAGGGGACAAACCAAUCUCUAGAUCUAGUUCUAUCUCCAAUAAAGGUGACGGGACUGUCGUACCGACCCCAUCCACUGCAACGAGACCAGCCAGUGGCAGCAAGACAACACCAGCUGCCAGCACCUUACCUCCCCAGAGCACGCCAGCACAACCACCCAAGCCAGGAACAAGUGCCAGCGGGGCUGAGUCAACUGAUGUGAAGGUUCACACAAAGUUGAGUGAUGCGCACAUGGCAAGUGUUGCCUCAUUAAUGAGUGACCAGGAUGAUGCAGAAUCUAUCAAAUCUACAGGAUCAAAGAAAUCUACGUCAGUGCAUUCGGCCCAAGAGAAUGCUGAUGUCGCCUCGUUCCGGCCAGAGCUGAGCCCCACCCCAGAGCCCACCGUCCCCACCCCUAGAUUUGACCCCGUGUAUUACGGGGAGUCAAACUGUUUCAUCGUCCAACUGUUCUGCAUUGAUGAAAAAUAUGAGAUGAGAUCCCUGGAUUUUCUGCCGAUGGCUUUCUCCCUGUUUCCUGACAAGGAGUUUUGCAUACUCACCAUGCCCCACAUGGUGCCUGAGUUCCCUCUUCUCCAGAGUUUUGUCCGCGUGACCCCAAAGUGCCCCAGUAUCCUGCCCCAGGAGCUGUACGUCUUCAAUCGCUCAGGCUUGCUGCAGUCCUUCCAGGUCCGGCCGGCCUGCACCAGCGAUGAGCAAGGGGUGGAGGAGCUGACCCAGCACAUUGACAACAAGGACGGCUUGAUGGCCGACCUCAGGCAGUACAACAAGGCUAGGAGAGAUCCUGACGGUACCCCGAUCCAAGCCUUCGUGGCCACCUGCCUGGACCAGAUUGUUGGCCUUGCCAUCACACGCCAGGAGGAGGACAUCGAGUACAUCCGCUCCCACUACAACAUCGAGGACUUCAUCUACUUCAACCACCACCGACGGGACGAGCACGGUCACCUCCAUCACCUGGCCCUCAACCCCAUCUUCCAGCACCAGACCAAGCUCUUGAUGAAGGAGGUCCUGCGGCAGGCUCACUACACCUGUCUCUACUAUCCCGUCUACCCAGUGUAUGCGCCCCAGGAGAUACGAAGCAAGCAUUCGUUGGUCACCAGCUUGAACUACAUGGUACCAGUGAGAGCCAGACGGCAGAUUGAGUAUCCGGUGGAGCAGCUAGGGGGUAACGCACCCUCAGAGAGAGUCCUCAAAGAACAGGAAAAGUACGCUCUCAGCCACAUGAAUCGCAAGUUAACCCUUGAGCCCAAGGUCACCAUCAAUGCUCGGAUCGUGGUUGUUGGGGCUUCAGACGUUGGUGUUGCUUUCCUGGAGACCCUCACAUUCUGCCCACACCUACGCUUCAACAACCUGGUCCUGAUCUCACCCAACGGGCUACCAGGAGAGCUUGCCCCCGACCCACUCCGGGCCAACUUCCUAUCCACCAGCCGCUGCUACUCACAAGACCGGCUGGCUCAGAUAUCCCUGCGUUCCUGGAUCAAUGUGGUUGCUGCUAAGAUGGUAGCCAUCAACAGAGGUAGCAAGUAUGUGAAAGUAGCGGGAGGAGCCAAGGUACCAUACGACCACCUGAUCCUGUGCACUGGGCAGCAGUACCAGACUAGUUGCCCAACUGGGGCUGACAUCUCCGAGCUUGUCACCAAUGCCUCCCUGCCACAGAAGCCCGACGCUCGCUACAAGGGAAGAGUGCCCAAGAAUGUCUUCAUAGUCAACGAUGAAUACAAUGCUGCCUGUGUCCUCAAGUGGCUCAACAAACACUUUCUCAACAUUGAAGGGAAAGCCAUUGUAUAUGGACGCAGCUUGGAUGCAUACUCUGCGGUCCAAUCGCUGCUUGCAGUCGGCCUGCCAGGCUCUCGCAUCACCUUCGUGCAGCCACCUCUCAAGUACAGCAUCACGUGCUUCAACAACCCCCAAGUUGAGAAGACUGUACACGAAGCAAUAGAGGCACAGGGUGUGCAGAUGUACGAUGGUUACUACCUUGCUCAGUGGAACGAUGGCAAGGGAGGAGAUGAAGUCUACUGCACCUCCUUCACCUCGGACACCAAACCCAUCAAGCUGGAGUGCUCGGCCUUCUUCUGCUUCAACAACAAAGCCGUGGAUUCUGAUGCUUUCAGAGCCAUUAAUGACAGCUGUCUGGUGUUUGAUGGCAAGCUGGUCAUUGACGCUAACUUCCACACCAACGACCUGUCCAUCAGAGGUGCCGGACCACUGACAAAGUUCCAGCGUAAAUAUCAUGCUGACCAAUGGUCCCACGCCAACUUCAAUUCCAAGGAGGUUGGCAGUGCCCUGGCAUCCACCAUGCUCAGACUGUUUGACCCUACCCUAGAGACUGACGUGACCCCGCCCGUGGAGUCGGUACCCCUCAUCCCGAUAUACACUGAGGCUAAGGUGCAAGGGGCAUGCCUACCGGGCGGCUUGAACUAUCUGCACUUUGGCAAGCCCAGCUUAGACACGCCGUUGGAGGCAGACAUGGCCCAGCUGGAUUAUGGACGUGUGCUGGCAACAGGUGACAAGGAGGGAUCCACGCAGGAUUACUUCCGCCUUCACAUCAACCAGUACAACAAGAUACAGACAGUGACCUGCCUGGCUCAGAAGAGCAUUGACGCCAGCAACCUCUUGUGCCUGUACGACCUCCACGAGCGCUUCCUGAACAACCUGGUGUCCCGAUUCGAUGAGGGUCUGAUCCCAGACCUGUACAGCUUCUUCCGCGAGACCUGGUGCCUGGCCAUCUUCCACGACCGCUUCCCGGACUUCCGGCAGGAGAUCAGGGAACUCCUGGUGCAGAGACCUGCUGUGGAUGUUACUGCCUUGGAGGAGAAGGUCAGACAGCUUAUUGAUCAAGACCUGGAGCUUGAGAAGCGAGAGCGUAAAUACCUGGAGGAGCAGUUUGAGACCAGCGGCAACAAGCGAUCUCUGGAGACGCGACUCCUCAGCUUCUUGAGUUACAACUACUACCACCUGCCAAUGUAUGCCAAGCCAGGAAUGGUCUGAACCUCAACUACUGUCACCUACCAAUGUUUGCCAUUUCAUAGAAUGGUAUGAACCUCAACUACAUUCCCAAGUGUAUCUCAGAGAAUUUGUACUACUUAUGCAAAAAUAGGAAUGGUCUUAACAUCGAUUAUUAUUGCCUACCAAAGUUUUGCCAUUUUCCUUGAAUGGUAUGAACCUCAAUGCUUUCCCAAGUGUACCUCAGAGAAUUGCUACUACGUACCAAUGUAUGCAAAGCUAGCAAUGGUCUGAACCUCAAUUAUUAUUGCCUACCAAUGUAGGCCAUUUUCCUAGAAUGGUAUGAACCUCAACCAGGCCACUUUCCCAAGUGUACCUCAGAGAAUGUUACAUUCUUACUAAUGUGUUCAAAGCUGGGAAUGGUGUAAACCUCAACUAUUACCACCUACCAAUUUAUAUUCCCAGAAUGGUCUGAACCUCUUUGCUAUCGACACUGUACCUCAGUGAACCUCAACUACUUACCAAUGUAUGGAAAGCUAGGAAGGAUGUGAACUUUGACUACUACGUACCACCUUCCAAUUCAUGCCAUUCCCAGAAUGGUCUGGACCUCUUCACUAUCGACAAUGUAUACCUCAAUGAACCUCAGCUACUUACCAAUGUAUGCAAAGCUGGGAAUGGUGUGAAUUACCUCUGUGAUAUAGUGACCCUUUAAGGGUCAGGAAUUAUAUUAUCAUCAUCAGAUCAUUGAGAACUUUUUUGCAAAACCCUCAGAAUAUGGGGGAAGGGGCUGUAAAAUAGUGUUGUAGCAUUUCAAAGAACUUAUUUAUACUGGAAACUGCAGCCAACAUGUUUUCCCCACUUAAUAACUUGACUACUUACUGCAUUCAUUACCCAUCAUAAUUGUAAUGUUCCGUCCAUAAAAGAAAUUAAGUUCGUAAAUAUUCAGCAUUUUCCACUUAUUUACAGUGUAUUACAAAAUUGAUAAAUAUAAUUCUGUAAAAAUGUCGUGUAUGAAAAAUGAUAUUCGAAGACCGUCCAAUAAUAAAUUUCCUUUGUAAAUAUUCAGCAUUUUCCAUAAAUUCAGUGUACACAUGUAUUACAAAAUUGAUGAAUAUUAUUCUGUAAAAUUUGGUGUAUGAAAAUAAUAUCCGAAGACCGUCCAAAAAUUAAUUUAGUUUGUAAAUAUUCAGCAUUUUCCACAUAUUCACAGUGUAUUUCAGAAUUGAUGAAUACUCUGUAAAAUGAUAUGAAAAAAAUAAUAUCCGAAGUACUUUGUCUAAAAUUUAAAUGCACUAGCUCAGCAAGUUUUAAGCAGUUAUCAACUGAACACUUGUCUUGUAAACUGUAGCAUUACCGUAACUGUAUCAUAAUAAUUAAUGUACAUGUUCAUUUUCUGCAAAAUGAUUUAGUAAUUGUCACCUAAUUAAGGUUGACAAGGUUUGAGCUUGAGUGAAAAAAAAAUGUAAAUAUUUGCAAUAAACAGUUUUCAUUACAAAUUU